AUGGGAAUCCCACGACUGUCUCAAGAUCUCUCCCCUUACGCGGAUCACGUUGUCCUAGGCACGUCACCCCAAGCCUCCCUUCCGCCUGAAGCAAUCGGUAUUAAACAUUUGAUCAUUGACGGGCCAUCACUUGUAUAUUGGGUGUAUAAUAAGCUCGUGGCAUAUCAGCGGCUGAGCAGCCCGAAGGGUGCAACCUUGCCGCCUACAUACCUCGAAAUUAACCGUACGCUACACCACGUACUGGAUGAUUUCCAAUCCAAUGGCGUUGAUAUCCAGCACAUUUUCUUUGAUGGUGGUCUUCCCGCGUCCAAACGUGAUAUUCGACUUGAGCGGAUGGAGAAGCUCCGUCAACAGCUGGAAACCUACCGCAAGCUCUACCCGGAAUUGCCACCAAUUGCUGCUUUACCUGAUCUCCAAGACUUGGAAAAGAUACUAUGGGAUACUCCUGUGUUGUCGACGAGGAUGUCUACUCUUCCAGCUCCACCGUUCAUGGUUGCCAGUGCGAUUGAGUCUUUAGGCACUACUGAAUGGAAGGGUUGUGUUCAUGUGGUCCCGGGUGAGGCUGACACGUUCUGUGCUCUUGCUGCUCAACAGUCUGUACCUGUUGUAGCUAUCCUUACAAACGACUCUGACCUAGCAGUUCACGACCUCGGGUCAAAUGGUCGGACCGUCUUACUGCACAGCAUCGAAUAUAAGCAAAAGCGUCCACAUCAGGAGUCUUAUAUCUCCGCGCUGUCUCUCGACCCGAAGCUGAUUGCAGCUAGACUCCAGAUCCCGUCUUUGCUCGGCUUUGGUUUCGAGCGCUUCCUUGAUCCUGGGGCAUCAUUCACGAUCAUCAAACAGCGCGCGAAAGACUCCUCAAGGUUGGAGACAUUGCAGGCCGAAUAUAUGGCGUUUGCGGAACCAUUCAUCCCAACCCUGCCACUAAAAGCACACUCCUUUUCCAAUCUCGGAAAUAUCGAUCCGCGAACAGCAGAAAUUGUUAGCAACCUCGAAGGUCCACCACAUAUCUACCUAGCUCCACUGUUGGAAGAUCCUCAGCGUGAUUCUUCGUGGUCAUAUGGGGCUAAAAUUCGACGAUUUGCAUAUUCUUUGCUCUUGAAGACCGCUCCAGCCAAGGGCCAGAUUAGGCCGCCACAUGUAGUUGAAUGUGCCAGAAAGGGACAGAGAAUCACGUCCGUCACGGUUAUAUGUCUACAGCUACCGGAAAUCAUUGAGCAAGCAGCAGACCUCCUCCAGCUGCUGGAUGCCUAUAUCACGCCAUCUAAGCAGUCACCGCCGACCGAUGGGAGCGUGCUUUUAGGAUGGUACUCGCUUGCCGUCCACCUUCUUCAUCAGGAGAAAUCCAGACUUGACAAAAUCCCUCCAACUUCUCAGCAGAUUUCAAGACUCCUGGGCUUGGCUCCGACGUCGGAGUUUACCCUAUAUACACCGAUGAGAGUCACCUGGGACGACAUCCACAUCUUCGCAAAUAUCCAAGCAGUGUUGUAUUCUCUUCGGAUACUUGCGCAGCUGAUCGAGUACAUUGUCAGUCACCCCAGCGACCUUGCAGAUAGUGCGACCACCCACGAACUUGACCAGCAAGACGAUUUUUCAAGACUUACAAGAAAUAUCUACACCAGAUUAUCAACGUCGCCUCCCAUCGAGGCAUUGUUUGUGGACAUCCCACAUGUUCGCGCCCAAUUGGGGAAACUAGGCUUCGAAGAACAGAGCUCCGCAAUCAUGCGGCUCAAUCGCCUGCUGGACCCCAAUUUUGGCAGGGAUCAACCGGGAGAGCAUGACAGAGGUGAUGCGGCAACAACACAAGGGCGUGGCACCACGGAUGGGGAGUGGAUUGUCACAACAUCCAAGAACAAAGGGCAAAGGAAAAGGAAACGGCAAGGCAACGCAGGUACAGCACGGGACACAAAUGGUUUCGGUCUGCUAUCAGAAGAACCAGGGUGA